CCCGGAUGACGCUGAGCUUCCGGAGUCUGUAGCUGGAGAGGAGGAAGAGCGGGAUCAGCUGAACUACAGAAGAAAUUAAAAUAUUUUCCUGAAAUUCAUCACCAACAACCAGGAUAUUUAACUAAGAGCAAAGUUAAACUGCUGAAAGAGGUGAAGCAGAAGCCGUCCUGAAGAAUCUCCAGAACACGCAGAAAUUGUUUGCUACAUUUAAAAGACAAAUGAAGCCAAGUCCCGACAUGGAGAAACAUCAGCACUCUGUCAAGAGUUUUACUAAACAGAGUAAUCUGAAAAAACACCAGCGCAUUCACACAGGAGAGAAACCAUAUCACUGCUCAGACUGUGGGAAGAGUUUUAAUAGACUGGAGACUCUAAAACUGCAUCAGCGCAUUCACACAGGAGAGAAACCGUAUCACUGCUCAGAUUGUGGGAAGAGUUUUAAUCAUCAGAGUAAUCUCAAAAGUCACCAGCGCAUUCACACAGGAGAGAAACCGUAUCACUGCUCAGACUGUGGGAGGAGUUUUAAUCAACAGAGUCAUCUCAAAAAACACCAGCGCAUUCACACAGGAGUGAAACCAUUUCACUGCUCAGACUGUGGGAAGAGUUUUACUACACAGAGUAAACUUAAAAUACAUCAGCGCAUUCACACAGGAGAGAAACCUUAUUACUGCUCAGACUGUGGGAAGAGCUUUAAUCGACUGGAGACUGUCAAACGGCAUCAGCGCAUUCACACAGGAGAGAAACUGCAUCACUGCUCAGACUGUGGGAAGAGUUUUACUGAACAGAGUGCUCUCAAAAUACACCAGCGCAUUCACACAGGAGAGAAACCGUAUCACUGCUCAGACUGUGGGAAGAGUUUUACUAUACAGAGUAAUCUCAAAAAUCACCAGCGCAUUCACACAGGAGAGAAACCGUAUCACUGCUCAGACUGUGGGAAGAGUUUUACUGAACAGAGUGCUCUCAAAAUACACCAGCGCAUUCACACAGGAGAGAAACCAUAUCACUGCUCAGACUGUGGGAAGAGUUUUACUAUACAGAGUAAUCUCAAAAAACACCAGCACAUUCACACAGGAGAGAAAAAUUUCCCAAAUUUGUCCCAUGGCAAUUAAAAGCGCAAAUCAUAAAUUCCACCAGAAACAAAUAUGAACUGUAUUUAACAAUGGAUUUUACAGGUUCAGCAAAACUAUUCUUAUCCAGGGAUGAUGUGUAUAGAAUUCCAUGUUAUGUUUUUAUGUCUUGUAAGUUUGAAUAUUCCAGGACAUUCUUUGUGAGACAGAGCUCAGUUUUUAGGUUAGUUACUGUUGCGCAGUAAGGUUACAGGCUCAUUCACUCCCUCUGCUGGUGUUCUUGUUUGUCUAUGGUUCAGUCCAAUUAAAAAUCUGUUACUAUAGAGGGAUAUAGAGGGAUAUUUGGUUGUGUUGUAUUACUCAAGUUUUAUACUCUCUUAUCUUUUCCUUAUUGAAUAUUAAAUGUUGCUUAUGGUUUUUUUAAUCUCCAAAGUUACUAAGAAUAUCCAAAUAAUGUCGUUUCUUAAUUGUUUUUAUCCACUACAAACUAUUAUCUUUGUAUUACUUCACCUCUAUAUUUACCCAUGUGUGUUUUAAUAAACAGCUUUUAUAUUGCA